AUGUGUCGGGUGUUUCUUAAUGGAGUUCUUCACUGGGGACGAACACGCAUAACUUCCACUGAAACUGGAUUCGCAAUUCGUCAUAGUAUUCUCUCUUUUGAUGUUGGUACCGAGGCAUUCAACUUAGAGUUGCGAAAACCCGAACAUUUGGAUCGGUACUAUUUUCCAAAAUUUGGGAUAUGUGUGUUGGGAGAUCGCCUUUGCAUGUUUUUUGAAAUGAUCCUUGGCAGUGAGCACUGUCUUGAUGUGUGGGUGAUGAAAGAAUAUGGAGUUAGAGAAUCAUGGUCCAAGUUGUGUACCGUUGUUACCAACAAAUUACUUGAGGUUGAGGAUGAGUCACCCGUUAUACCAAUGCAUAUUUUAAAGAAUGGUGAGUUUCUAUUGGAGAAGGAUGGGGAUCAGAAGACUUUAGUUUUGUAUGGUCCAGUGCAUAGCAGUGCAAGGGUGCUUGAAAUCAAUGGUGUUCCAAAUUGGCUCGGGACGGAGACUUGCUUAGAGAGCUUAGUUUCGCCAAAGUUAGGUAAUCACACAGGAGCUGAAGAAGACUUGCAAGAACAAUGA